GAUGCUUGAUUGAGUUCAUUUGCUAGUUUUCGGUUAUAGCAAAUGGUCAAAUUAAACUGAAAAUUGAGAAUUUUAUGGUAGCUCAUUCGAUGGAGUUCAUGAUGCUUGAUUGAGUUCAUUUGCUAGUUUUCUUUUAUAGCAAAUGGUCGAAUUAAACUGAAAAUGAUAUAGAUUUGGUCUGUGACUUUAGCAAGUUCCUUGACAUGCAAAAUGAUUUGUCUAACUUUGUCUAGCUUUUGUUUCUUGAUUGAUUUGGUCCGUGAUUUGUCUAACUUAGUUGAUUUGUCUAACUUUUGUUUCUUGUUUGCAGAUGGCGCAACCGCAAGAACUUCAUUUCUUCCAACCUUUGCUUCCUGGAUUCCAGACUUACUUGACAAUACCCAUUGUAUUUUUUUCUCCAAGCACAUCCAAGGGAAGACGAAUGGGAACACAUGGACACUAACAUCCGACGCUACGGAUCAAACAUGGCAAGUGAUACAAGAAGAGAGGCGACUCACCCGAGGUUGGAAGGAGUUCGCUGAGGCACAUGACCUUCGAAUAGGAGACAUUGUCAUCUUCAAACUCGAAGGUUCCAUGGUCUUUCACGUCACUCCCUUUGGUCCGAGCUGCUGUGACAUCCAGUACACAUCUAUGUUGGUUGUGACUUGAUCUUAAGAGCACAAUGUCUUGUGCUUUGAACUUAUUUUGUGUGUCUUUUAUAUGUUUGCUUUUGGUACUUUGAACUUGUUAUUUUGAUUUGAUGGUACUUUGAACUUGUUAUUUUGGUUUGAUGUUGCAAACUUUUAGUUAAUCAUUUUCAUGUCAAUUAGUUUCGACU